AUGGCCACCAAUCCUUUUUCUGGUGAGCGCAAAUUGCUUGAUCCGAGCGACUUGGGUACCAAGCAAUACUGGGAGGCGGCAUACGAGCGAGAACUUCACAAUCAUGGCGAGGAUGUUGAUGACGAAGGAAUUGUGUGGUUCGACGAAAGCAAUGCGGAAGACACAGUCAUUCGAAAGCUGAGCUCCUACGCUUCCGGACCUGGACCACGUCUGGACAGAAAGUCAACUCGAACGCUGGAUCUUGGCACAGGAAAUGGUCACAUGCUGUUUGCGUUGAGGGAGGACGAAGACGAUGAGGGCGAACGAUGGCUUGGAGACAUGGUAGGGGUGGACUACAGUCCGAAAAGUGUUCAGCUUGCACGACGAAUCGAUGAGCAACGAAUCGCUGCGCUCGACGACAGCCAAGACGCCUAUGCAUCCAUUCGCUUCGAGCAAUGGGAUCUGUUAGAAGAGCCGCCUGGUGACUGGCUUGGAAACGGCUUUGAUCUUGUGCUUGACAAAGGCACUUUUGAUGCUAUUUCACUCAUGCCUAAGCCUGAAAAUGCGCCUCAUCCCUGCGAGGUUUACCGGCAGAAAGUCAUUGAUCUCAUCAAAGCAGAUCAUUUCCUCUUCAUCACGUCUUGCAACUGGACACGAGACGAAUUGAUUGGCUGGUUGGUGAACAACGACGGAAAGCUGAUGCUAUAUGACGAGGCCAAGUAUCGCAGCUUCACCUUCGGCGGUCAGACUGGCCAAAGUGUUGUUACCUUGGUAUUCCGCAGAGCCAGCUGAGGCACAGACGACUACAGAUCUAAUGGCCCGACCCCGAAAGCAGCUUCAUCCUGCGAUGGACGGAAUGCAGUGCUCGCUCCAGAGCAACAAUUUAUGUGCAGCCAUCGAUCUGCUGUCUUUACUGGAUGUAUUUCUUCAGGCCACGGAGUCUCUCCUUAGCUUGCUCGAGCACGUCAUCGUUCUUGCAGACAGCAAAUCGCAGCCAAUCCUCGACGAUGUGUGCAUUGGCAUCGGUAAAAAACUCAGUAGGAGGAAUAGCAGCAAUUCCGAGCUCCACAAUGCAAAACCAUGAGAGCUUGAAGUCUCUAGGCCGGUUCGCAACGUGUGAUGGGAAGUCAUAGUCUUCUGGUAGCUUCACCUUCGCCAGGUUUACCAGCACGAAGUAGCCCCCUUCAGGAUCUGAGUAUGGAAGGCCGAGCUCGUCCCAAAUCUGGUUGAAACGAUCCAUCUUUGACUUCAUCUCUUUCUUAGCCUCAUCCCAGAAGCCGCGCUUGUCAGCCUCCUCAAAGGCGACUGCUGUGGCUUCUUGCAACGGACUGACGCUACUGUAGCAAAUUCGGGUGUGAGCAGCAGAGACAUAUUUGAUCAGAUGCUCAGGGCCGAUCAAGUAGCCAACUCUCCAACCAGUUGCGUAGAAAUUCUUGCCCGCCGAGCCCACUGUGAGUGUAAGCUUCGCGAUCUCGGGCGAAAGCGUGGCCACACGAGUGAAUGGUACGUAGUAGAGGCGGUCAUAGACCUCAUCGGAUAGGAUGAUGAUGUUGUGCUUGACACAGAUAUCACCGAUAGCUUGCAGCUCGUCUUUACUGAACACCUUACCGAUAGGGUUGUGAGGCGUGUUGAUGACCACCAUUCUCGUGCGAUCUGUGAUUGCAGCUUCAAAGGCUUUCAAGUCUAGUGUCCACUCGCCUGCACUGGUGGUCCGUGAAGCGCCCUCUUUCGGUGGGUGCAGUGGCACGUAAACCACCUUGCCUCCAGGCAUUUCGAUGUUGGAGAUGUACUGAUCGAAGAAAGGUUCGAACACGAUGGCCUCGUCGCCAGGCUCGAGAAAGCCCAUGAAAGCUGAAAGCAUACCUUCAUUGGCGCCAGUCGUGAUCGUGACCUCAGUCUCAGGAUUGAUCUCUCGGCCGAAAAAGGGCGAAUAUGCGGCAGCGAUGGCCUUCUUCAGUCGAGGUCGACCCUAGGGCAUGCCGUCAGCAAGGGCAUGUCGAGUGGUAGCAAGGAGAAUCCAGCAGUACCUACCUUCGUUGGCGAGUACUGAUUGCAUUCUACCUUGUCCAAUGCUUCCUUGGCGGCAUCUAUGCAGAACUGAGGAGGAUUGUAGCCAAAGAAGCCCUGACCCAUGUUCACGAUAGGCUGUUUUGGCGAAGCUGCCGCCGCUUCAUUGACAAUGCUCCAAACAUCUUGCCGCUGCCCAGACACGCGCUGAGCAGGCUUGAAGGGAUCUCCUUUGACCAUGAUGGGGGACGCGGCGAAAGAUCGAGUGGCUGGUAGACGCUGUGG